AUGAGCAAAUUUUUUAGUUUUUAUUCAAAUUCAAUAAGAGAAAACCCCAAAAUAACAAAUGCAAUAACUACAGGUAUAUUGUUUGGGCUGGGUGAUUGUAUUGCCCAAAUAGGAUUUAAAGAUAGAAAUGCACCAAAUCUCACAAAGAAGGACAAAUAUGAUAAAUAUAGAACUCUACGGGCAGUGUUUUAUGGAUCAAUAAUUUUUAGUCCAAUCGGGGAUAGAUGGUAUAAGAUAUUACAGAAUAAAUUGAAUUAUCCUAACUUAAAUAAAUUCCAAAACACUGUUGUUAGGGUGGCAUUUGAUCAAUUAGUAUUUGCUCCUAUUGCAAUUCCGUUUUAUUUUUUUACUCUUUCAUUGAUGGAAUUGAAAAGUUGGGAAGAAAUAAAAUCAAAAGUUAAGGACAAUACUUGGCCAACUUUAAAAUCUAACUGGGUUGUUUGGCCUGCCUUUCAACUAAUUAAUUUUUAUUCGGUUCCCGUACAACAUAGAUUGCUAAGUGUUAAUCUAAUUUCUAUAUUUUGGAACUCUUAUCUAUCUUAUAGAAACUCAUUAAAAAGUGCGGAUAGUCUUGUUGAAACUGCACCUUUAGUUGAGUUUUGA